GUUACCGGAGUUUUUUCGGGAAAAAUAAAAUUAAAUUUAUAGAAAGGAAACUAUUGAAAGAAAAUGUGAAAAUAAAAAGCAACAAUUAUAUUUUAGUGUUCGAAUUUUAAUUACGUGUACAUGAUCCAUAGCAUCGAGUCAUAAAAUUUCAGGACUCAAAAUAAUGGAAACGAAACCCAAUAGUAGGAGCGAUGGCAUUAUUGUGGAAAUGAAUGUAAACACACACAGCAUUAGCAAUAAAGACGGCAACAUGGUUGUGAAUUCAAGAGAACGGCAUCAGACAGAGGAUGUGAGCUCAUAUUUCAAGAAAAUUGCUACUGCUUUGUUCUAUGGCUUAUCUUCUUUUAUGAUUACCGUGGUAAAUAAGACUGUCUUGACUUCAUUUAGGUUCCCGUCAUUUUUGUUCCUCAGCUUGGGUCAACUCGCGGCCAGUAUUAUAGUGCUAGGCAUAGCCAAACAUUUAAAAAUUGUCUCAUUUUCAUCGCUGCAGAAUAAUACGUUCGGUAAAAUUUUUCCGCUACCUGUGAUAUUUUUGGGUAACAUGAUGUUUGGUUUGGGCGGUACCAAAGCUUUGAGUUUGCCUAUGUUUGCUGCUUUGAGAAGAUUUUCUAUUUUAAUGACAAUGUUACUUGAAUUAAAGAUUUUAAGCAUACGCCCCUCUGUGGCGAUACAAAUAAGUGUUUAUGGAAUGAUUGGCGGAGCUCUCUUGGCUGCAUCGGAUGAUUUAUCUUUCAAUAUGGAAGGGUAUACCUACGUAAUGAUUACCAAUGUAUUGACAGCAGCCAAUGGCGUUUUCGUUAAAAAGAAAUUGCAAACGGCGGAAAUUGGAAAAUAUGGUCUAAUGUUUUACAAUUCCUUGUUUAUGUUUAUGCCAGCACUGUUGAUUACCUAUUGUACGGGUGAUUUGCAUGAAACGCUGGCAUAUGAGGACUGGCGAAAUCCCUAUUUUAUCAUACAAUUCCUUCUCAGCUGUUUUAUGGGCUUCAUUUUAUCAUAUAGCACCAUUUUAUGUACACAAUUUAAUUCUGCACUGACCACCACAAUUGUGGGUUGCCUCAAAAAUAUCUGUGUAACAUAUUUAGGCAUGUUCAUCGGUGGCGAUUAUGUAUUCUCAUGGCUUAAUUGCGUUGGUAUUAAUGUUAGUGUGUUUGCAAGUCUUCUUUAUACAUACGUUACUUUUCGUCGUAAGCAAACAUCUGAUAAAGAACUUCUGAUACCAACUACAAGAGGGGAAGCAGUCUAGUAAUAAGUUCUUGCAUAAGACAAAGCAAACAUUAUGGAAUGUAUGUACCCUUAAAAAAAAGAAAGUACUUCUAAUUUUAUUAUGGAUUAACUAUAUUUAUAUAUUUAUUGCAAUCUAUAAAGUGAAGCAAAAUAUAUCCUUUUAAAUCAAAGUGUGCAAAGAUAAUGAAGAUGAUUAAAACAUGUGAAAAGAAAAUGUACGAAUUUAAGUAACAUCAUGUGUAGGCAUCUUCAAGAAGUCUACUAUUUAUUGGACUCCUGUGCAUAAAUUAUAUUUGUCAUGUAAAUAUACUUUAGAGAAACAUUUGCCAAAGCCACUCAUAAAAUUAUUAAGUUUUUAGUUAUAUUUAUAUAUUUUGUAUUUUAAGCAGCAUUAUAGGAUUAUAUUGAAAAGUCUCCACGGUUUCGAGCUUCUUUUCAUAGCCUGCUCUAUUCAAUUUAUAAUUAUAAUUCCAAACUUUUUUCUGGUGGAGGUUUAGUAUGUCCACUAUUUCCUGGCAGCUUGCGUGCCAGUCUUACUCCAUCAGUUGCAAAAUUUCAUCGACUUUUUGAGUGACUGACCAACCAGGACAAGCUGCAUCUUUGACAUCAAAAUCUUUGGUAUGGAAUCGAGUAAACCACCUCCAUCAUUGGCAGCAUUCUCACCGCAUAUUUCACAACUUUUUUUUGCAGCGUUUUUAUUCUUUCAUAUUAUGUUUCAUUCCUUUUCAAAUCAACAUAACUUUUUACGUGAACAAAGAAUUAGAAAACUAUAUUCAUAAAAAAUGUAAGCUGAAAUGUCAUCUUUUAAGACCGUGUUCCGUUUGAGACAAUCAGGUGAGGUUUGCCUGGUGUAGAGGCAUUAACUCCAUCCCGCGGAAAAUUUUCAAUAUGAUCUAAUAUUUGACGGCCUACUUUAAUAAAUCGGGUAAUAAUAGCUAUUAUUGUGCAGGUUUUCACUUUUAUUAAAUUGAAGAAUAAUGGAAUUCGAUUUUGCAAUAAUUAAUUAUUUCUAAUCACAAAAUUUGCUUCCACUUAGAGAAUAAGAAAUUAAAGAGGCUGCAAUGUUCGUUGUACGGGGUUACACUAAAACUUUUAGUCCGUUAUAAGAGUCCGACUCUCGAGCCGGAUAAGGCUGCAAAAAAAGUUUUUGAUAUGAUUUACUAUUUUAAAAUUAAUGUUAGGGUAUAAAAUAAAGUUAAAUUUGAAAUAUAUAUAUACAUAUAUAAGUUGAACCCACUGUACAUUAUAUGUGAAGGGAAAGCAAGUCUAAGUAUUUAAUCGAAUGCCUGAAGCAUUUUGUUUAUUAAAUACUAUUGUAAUACUUUGGUUGAUUGCGUUUUUCCGUUUCCCAUGGGAAUAUGGUAUGACGAACAAAUUAAAAUUAUUACGCGACCCUCUUCGGAUACUCAAUUUGAAAGCAUAUUCCAAAUUCUGUUUAUAAAUAAUUUUGCUUAUAUUGAUAGUGAGUGCAUCUAAAGAUGUUAAAAAAUUGUUAAAAGUUAUUUUUGAAUAUCAUUUUACAUUUAUAUAUAUAUAUAUAUGUAUAUGCUUACUUUCAUUCAAAUAAUGUGAAGUUAGACUAGUUUUACUCUUAUGUAAAUUAAAUUUUAUAUAAUAUAUUAAAUAUAUAGGUUAAAAAGUUUUUUAAAA